AUGACCAAGGUUAGUCCACUUGGAGAGCAGAUGAUUGGAAUGGAGAUCUUCCUUCCAGUUUCAGCUGAUGUCAGCUUCCCUUUGGACCGGUUUCCCAAGUACAAGCUAGGACCUGAGAAUCAGGUAGUAGAAGAGCCAAAAGAGGAUGAAAAGGGACCAUUGUUGAAGGACAUUGUUGAGCAGGAGACAGCACAGCUCUCAGAACAGCAUAAACGCCUGUCGGUUCGUGACCUGGCCAGUAAAUUCGACAAGAACUUGGCUUCUGCUGCUAAGUUGGCCGAGGAGGCGAAACUUAGAGAAGUGGCUUCUCUGGAGGGGCAUGUGCUUUUGAAGAAGCUGAGAGAUGCAUUAGAAUCUUUGAGAGGACGUAUGGCAGGGCGAAACAAAGAGGAUGUGGAGCAGGCUAUCUCUAUGGUGGAAGCAUUGGCUGUGAAGCUGACUCAAAAAGAAGGUGAACUAAUUCAGGAGAAGUUCGAAGUGAAAAAGCUUGCAAACUUCCUUAGACAGGCUUCAGAAGAUGCUAAGAAGCUGGUCAGCCAAGAAAGAUCGUUUGCAUGUGCUGAAAUAGAAAGCGCCCGGGCUGUUGUUCAGAGGUUUGGGGAGGCCUUAGAGGAAGAAGAAAAGAAUGCUCAAACUUCUAAAAACUUGUCUCCUAAUGUGGAGGUACUACUUGAGGAGGUUCAAGAGGCUAGAAGAAUCAAAUUGCUGCAUCACCCGAGCAAGGUGAUGGACAUGGAGCAUGAACUUGGUGCACUCAGAGCUCAAAUCCGCGAGAAAGCCAUCUUCUCUGUGAAACUUCAGAAAGAGCUGGCAAUCAGCAAACGAGUAGAGGAGAACAAAUUAGCAAUAUACAGAAUAGAAGGCUCUGAAACUCUCGGUUCGUGUUUGCGUCUCCAUCCUCGUAUUAAUGAUGCUCCACUACUUUCAAAAUGCUCAAUUCAGUGGUACCGCGUCUCAUCUGAAGGGAGUCACAACGAAGUCAUUUUAGGCGCUGAAAAGCCAAUAUAUGCUCCUGAACCACUUGAUGUUGGCCGGGUCCUUCAAGUCGGGGUGGUUUCAAACGGCCAGAAAGUUAGCAGCGUAACAACCGCUGGUCAUAUCGAGCCAGCUCCAGGACUUAUGAGCCAUGUAGAGACACUUCUGCGAAAAUCUAGUGCUGAAUUUAGUGUGACAAUUUCGCAGAUCAAUGGACAAGACAAUCCAUCACAUUCAGUCCAUUCGUUUAAUGUGGGGAAGAUGAGGAUAAAACUUUGCCGAGGAUGGAUCACAAAGGCGAGAGAAAUUUACUCAGCAUCCAUGCAGUUAUGUGGAGCUCGAGCGAUUUGUAGCAAUGCUGCCUCAAAGUCACUGUUCUGGCAACCCAGGAAGGGGCUCUCCUUCGUGCUGAAGUUCGAGACAGAGCAAGCGAGGAAUGCAGCCAUUACGAUUGCCAGAAAGUUCUCCAACGAUUGCAAUGUUAUGCUUGCUGGACCAGAUGAUCAAGUAUAG